UUCCCGUUUGCGGUCACAUCGCCACCCGCAUAAUCGCAUAAUGCUCAACCACACGAAUUACGGCCAACAAUAGACUAACCGAAUAAUUUAUAGCCGGCUCCGUUUCCUUGUUUCAUAUCGGACAAUUUGUUACCGGGAGACGCAUUAAAUAUUCAUAGGAUCGCUUAUCUCACGUCACUCAAAGUUGGAGUUCCAAUGGAGCAUUAUGGAUGCUGGCAGUUCAAGUCAACAACCACCAGACCGCGCGCGGUCAGCCGCGGUCAUCAAAAGCUGCGGUCAUCAAAGCGCAGUCCGCACCGCACAGGUCCGCAGUCAUCUAUUUGUUGAACGCGGGAGACGAACUCCAAUUUCAUUUGCGCUCCGCCUUUGUCAUUGUUAUAGUUAUUGCACGUUAACUGAAACAAUGAAGAAUUCAACAAAGACAGAAAAGCAAUCAUCCGUGUCUCUCUCCGCCGAUAAAAAGCAUGCCAGAUAUCCGCCAAAGUGCCGUCAGCGUGUAGCGUCGGGCUAUCUACCGCUCGCGGAUCCGCGUCUUCUCCGCUAG